AGGAGCAUUGGAAGCUGCUAGGGAACCUGAAGACCACAGUGGAAGGUUUGGUGUCCACCAGCAACCCCAAUGUCUGGUCCAAGUAUGGCGGCUUGGAACGGCUCUGCAGAGACAUGCACAGCAUCCUCUACCACGGGCUCAUCCAUGACAAGGUGUGCUGCAGACAGAAGGAUUACUGGCAGUUUGUGAAGGACAUUCGCUGGCUGAGUCCCGGCUCUGCUCAUCACCUGGAGAAGUUCAUCAGCCUGCAGGAGAGCGGCCAGCCUGACCCAGAGGGCCCGGGGGACCAGGCCAUCGCGCAGCUGUGGCUGCAGCACAGCCUGCAGUGCCACUGCCUGUCAGCGCAGCUGAGACCACUCCUGGGGAACCGGCAGUACAUCAGGAAAUUCUACGCAGACACUGCCUUCCUGCUCAGUGACGCCCACGUCACGGCCAUGCUGCAGUGCCUGGAGGCUGUCGAGCAGAACAACCCCAGGCUUCUGGCUCAGAUCGACACCUCCAUGCUGGCCGGCACGUCACUGCCAUCUCUGUGUGCAUCGGGUCCUUCUGCUGGGACAGGAGAGGUGUGUGACCGUGACGCUGAAGGACACGAGAGCCGCCUACCUGGGGCGCUGGGCUGCCUGGAUCGUUUCACUGAGAGCCUGCUUUCGAGGAAGAGUGACGGUCCACCUCUGGUGACCAAGAGUCAGAGCCUGACUGCCCUCCCUGCAUCCCCGUACAUCCCCACUGCAGGUUGCACACAGCAGCACUGCUUUGGGUCCUUCUCCAGCCUCCACCAUCCAGCCUCCUCCGGCCUCUCAGACAGGAGACCAGCGAGCUCCUCUGUCAGCUUCAGUGCCAGCCAGCCUCAGGAGUGCUGCCUGGCCACCCGGUCCUCCUCCUUCAGCGAGGGCAGAUCUCCUCUGGAGCAGCCUGGUUCUGUCACCCACUUCGAUAUCCCUUCACCCAAAGACCCCUUCUCUCUGGCCAGCGACAUGAGCUCCAGCACGACCAGCCAGAGCGAGGACACUUGGACGGGGAGUCAGGAUGAUCCGCAGAGCGAUGCUAACGAUGGACCGGAGUACCUGGCCAUCGGGAACUUGGGGCGCCGGGGCCGGGCGUGCAGCAGCACCAGCACCAACAGCACCAAGAGCAGUAGCUCCAAACUCUUCUCCUCCAGCAGCUCCCAGAAGCUGGACUCAGUCUCAUCCCUGGGGGAGCAGGGGGCAAGUGGAGGUGGAAGCAGGGGCCUGAGCCUGUUGCGCCGGUCCAGCUUCUCGGAGGGACAGUCGUCAGCUCCACAGGGCAUCCUCAAGAAGAGCCAUGUGCGCUCACAUUCCGACACCAAUGUGGCUUCGGGGAAGUUGCAUGGAGGCCUCAGGGAUAUCACCAUUAUAAUAGAAGAUCCCGUGGCAGAGUCCCAUGGUGAUCCGGGUGGAGGGCAAGGGCCAGUCUCUGCAUCCACCCAGAGCAGUGAACUGAGCACACCCAGCUCCCUCUACAUGGAGUAUGACUCUGGCCAGUACCUGAGCUCGGGGGAAGGGAUGUUCAGAAGACCCUCCGAAGGGCAGUCCCUCAUCAGCUACCUCUCUGAGCAGGACUUUGGCAGCUGUGCAGACCUGGAGAAGGAGAAUGCUCACUUCAGCAUCUCAGAGUCCCUGAUUGCUGCCAUUGAGCUGAUGAAAUGCAACAUGAUGAGCCGGCAGCUGGAGGAAGAGGAGGAAGACAGUGACAAGGAGAUCCAGGAGCUAAAGCAAAAGAUUCGCAUUCGGCGCCAGCAGAUCCGCACCAAGCACCUGUUCCCUACCUGCCAGGAGAUGGGCUCAGACAGUCUUGUGGCGACAGACAGCGGGUCCCAGUUCAGCUCUCACGGCUCCAUGCGACUCUCUGACUCCGGCUCUGCGGAGGAUGUGGAAGAGUAUGAGAUCCGAGAUGGUAACGAAGGAUCUAACCUGAUUCAAAUGUCCAAGAACGGCCUCUCAGUGUCAAUGGCUUCCUUGUUCUCAGAUGCAGACAUCAAGAGGAACCCAGGCUCCAGCAGGAAGUCCUUUCUCUCUUCCGAGUCCAUAUCCCACUCCUUCCUCAAUUCCAACUCGGCGGAGGCCGUGGCCAUGGGCUUGCUGAAGCAGUUUGAGGGCAUGCAGCUCCCAGCUGCCUCUGAAUUGGAGUGGCUGGUCCCUGAGCAUGACGCCCCACAGAAGCUCCUGCCCAUUCCUGACUCUCUGCCCAUCUCUCCUGACGAUGGAGAACACGCUGACAUCUACAAGCUGAGGAUUCGGGUGCGCGGAAACCUGGAGUGGGCCCCACCACGACCACAGAUCAUCUUCAAUGUUCACCCAGCCCCAACGAGGAAGGUGGCUGUGGCCAAGCAGAAUUACCGGUGUGCAGGCUGUGGCAUCCGGACUGAUCCUGAUUACAUCAAGCGGCUGCGGGACUGUGAGUACCUGGGGAAGUAUUUCUGCCAGUGCUGCCACGAGAAUGCCCAGACGACGGUCAUCCCCAGCCGUAUCCUGCGCAAGUGGGACUUCAGCAAGUACUACGUGAGCAAUUUCUCCAAAGACCUGCUGAGCAAGAUCUGGAAUGACCCCCUCUUCAAUGUGCAGGAUAUCAAUCCUGCCCUGUACCGGAAAGUGAAGUCUCUCAACCAAGUGUGGCUGCUGCGAAUUCAGCUUUUCCACAUGAAGAACAUGUUUAAGACAUGCCGGCUAGCUAAAGACCUUCUAGACUCCUUCGAUGCAGUGCCUGGCCACUUGACGGAGGAUUUGCACCUCUACUCACUGAGCGACCUCAGCGCCACAAAGAGAGGGGACCUGGUGCCUCGCCUGACGGAGCUCCUGAAGGCAGGCAGCCUGCACGUGGAGAAGUGCAUGCUGUGCCAAGCCAAAGGCUUCAUCUGUGAGUUCUGCCAGAAUGAGGGCGACAUCAUCUUCCCCUUUGAGCUCAACAAGUGCAAGACGUGUGAAGAGUGCAAAGCCUGCUACCACAAAUCCUGCUUCAAAUCCACCCGCUGUCCCCGCUGCGAGCGACUUCAAGCCCGGAGAGAGCUGCUGGCCAAGCAGAGCAUGGAGUCCUACGUCUCAGACUGUGAAGAUGAGCUGGAGCAGCCGGAGGCGGUGGCAGCUACAUGA